AUGGCCUCGGACUCUUCCCCACCCCCAAAGUCCUUUAACCUCGCCAUCAUAGGCGGAGGCAUCUCAGGCCUCACCCUAGCCAUCGCCCUCCACACCCGCAACAUCCCCAUCACCGUCUACGAAAGCGCCGCUUCCUUCGGCGAAAUCGGCGCAGGCGUAGGCUUCGAGGCGAAUUUCGUGCGUACCAUGGACCUCAUUGCGCCCGGGAUUAAAGAGGGGUUCCUGCGCUGCAGUAAGAACCAGGAGAGCGUACCGCCGAAGUGGUUCGACGUAAGGGUGGGAGAUACGAGGAGAGCUGAUGGUGAGGGCGUCGUUCAUGAGAAGGGUGGUAGGAAGAUUAAGCUAGGGGAACCGAUUUUCACGAUGCCUGCGAGGGCAGGGCCAAGAGGGGGUGUGCAUCGCGCGCAUUUUUUGGAUGAGCUUAUCAAGCUUCUUCCUCAGGGGAUUGCGCUCUUCAAGAAAAAGCUUGUGGAUGUGUCUGAGGGGGAGGGCGGCGACGCGGUGUUGCACUUUGCGGAUGGCACUACGGCGCAGCACACGGCUGUCAUCGGUUGCGACGGGAUUAAAUCACGCACCAGGGAAAUUGUUCUCGGACUGGAAGACGCACGGCCUGUUUUCUCGGGGAAGUAUGCGUAUAGGGCUAUUGUGCCUAUGCAGAAGGCGCUUGAGUUUUUGGACGAGGAGGAAGCGACUACGCCGCAGAUGUACUGUGGGUAUAAAGGGCAUGUGCUGACGUUUCCCAUCGCGAAUGGCACGAUUUUCAACGUGGUGGCGUUCAGCUCGAGAUCCGAGUGGACCGACCCCGAGUGGGUGGUCAAGACGUCAAGAGAAGACAUGCUCGCGGACUACGCAGACUGGACCGAAAAGGUCAAAUGCAUCAUGGCUAACGUCAAGAAUCCGGACAUAUGGGCGCUGUACAAUCACGUUCCGGCGAGCACGUUCUACCAGGCGCGACCGCGAAUUUGCUUGCUCGGUGACGCAGCGCAUGCAACUACGCCGCAUCAGGGGUCUGGCGCGGGCAUGUGCAUUGAGGAUUGCUACGUGCUUGGCGAGCUUCUUGGCGAGAUAUCGAGUGCGGAUGAAUUGGAGAAAGUUUUUCGGGCUUACGAUGCAGUGAGGCGGCCGCGGGCGCUGAAGUUAGUGGAGACGAGUCGACAAGCGGGGAUGCUGUGGGAGUUUGAGGGGCCUGGAGGUGAUGAUCUCGACGCUUUUGAGAAGGAUGCUAUCUCUAGGAUGUCGUGGAUAUGGGACCACAAGAUUGAGCGGGAUCUCGAGAGAGCAAGGGAGUUGCUGCGGGCUUGA